GCACUCUUUAACUCAUUGGAGUUUCGACAUCGUAUAUUCCGUGCUGCAACUAAUAAAUCCAAAACUUCAACAUUACAUCAACUUAAAGUGUGUUUUGGUUUUAUGGCUUUCUCGGCCCAGUCAUAUUUUUCACCUUCAGCAUUAUUAGAGACAUUUCCCCGUUGGAUCAAUAAUGGUCGUCAACAAGAUUGCCAUGAAUUUUUGAAGCAA